AAUUUAAAAUAGGAGGAGCUUAAAUUAAGAUGGCGUCGUGUACAAAACAACAAUAAAACAGCCAAAAAUCACUUAUGGCGGCUUCUUCCUGGGACCAGAUUGCUUCUGAGCACUGUUAUCCUAAACUGAUGGCUCAUUGGAGCAGCAUUACCCAGUCAUUGCCCACUUUUCAUCUCUUUAAGCCAAAUGAAGGGGCGGGGCCGAGGGAGGAGCCACUGAAAACAAUAAAAGAGGAGGAUACUUCUCAGUCUGUUGUUAAAGAGGAGAAAGAGCCUGAUAUCAACUCUGAUGGUGAUGAUGAUGAUAUGGAGAUUGAUGUUGUGGGUGUGGCUGACACACCCUCUCGUCCUUACAAUUAUCACAAAGUGAAGAACAUUAUGAAUGAAUGUUAUCAACACAUGAAUCUGAUAAGGUUACCUCUAGAAAAUAAUGACUUGGAGCUUGAAAAAGUAUUCAGUGAUGCUAAUUAUCAGCAACAGAACCUGCUCAGUAAAUGUUUGCAAGUUUUUCGUGACGAUCAACUCGCCAGAUUAUCAUUCUCUGGAUCACAAGAAGAGGCUAUUCAAAGACGUUUGAGUAACGACACCGCGUCUAAAAAGAUUCGUAAGAUAUUUGCCGACAUUAAAUGGGACCCACAGUUAACCCAGUGGUUACACAGGACACUAAUAAGAGUUCUUGAUGAUGACAUGCUUCCUAUUUAUCUUGAUGUGCUUCAAGUAUUGAAAACUAACUGCCCAGGUUUAGUAGAGCAGAUGAUUCACAUUGGCUUAGGUGGUGAUGGUGUCAAUGAAGCUUUAAAAUUAUUGUUAAAGAGACCAUGGAAUCCUUCAAUUGGGAUGACUAACAUAGACAAACAACUUCAUUUUGAUCCUUCUCCAUUAUUUGUCACUGUCCCUCACUCAACUGCUCCUCUAGGCAGUAGGAGGUUAAGGCUAUUCCAGAGUCAGUUCAACGCUUUUGGUAAGGUAUUCCCUGUCAUUGUACAAGACAAUAAAGCCGACACUGGACAACGGACAUCAUUCCGUGAAUCUGUGGAGAAUAUAGUGCAGUGCACCUUACAGAGGGUUCAAGAGCUAAAGGAACAGUUUUCAUCACGCCCGAUAAUAUUAGUCAGUUGGUCUACCAGCUGUAGGAUUGCUUGUAAGGUAGCUGAAGUGGAGCGUGUGGCAUGUCUGGUUAAUCUCGGGUUGGUUAUAGAUGGACUCGAUUACUCCUGGACCUUAUCUUCUGAUCCAUUCCUAAACUGCACUACUCCUUCAAUCUUCAUUAUUGGUGAAAACUCACCUGACAGAACUAAAGAGACAUACGUCGAAGAGCUUCGAUCAAGAAUGAAGACUCGCACAUCAUUAGUGGUAAUGCAUGGAGGAGAUGAUCAGUUGAGAUUAACAUCAAACGACAAACUCUCUUACCUGAUAACCCAAGGAAUGAUUGACAGGAUCCUCAUUGAUAAAAUUUACGAGUUCUUCAUUUAUUGCCUGCCCUCGUCCCUCUCCCUUGACAUUAAGAUCCCUCGUAAACGUAAAUCAGGUUCGUCCGAAGAACCCUCAAACUCAUUCCUUAGCAGUUCCGUCCCCAACAGCCCGAUAGUUCUCACAGCGACAGCUCCUGCUGGUCCUGAUGAUGCAACUCGCUUAUCGAGUUUGUCGUCCAAUCCGUUAGUAAUGCGUUCUUUGCUAGGAGGCGGAGUCAAGACGGCUGGUAUGGGCAUGGCUCGAUCUAGUGGUGCCACGCCCCUGUUACCCUCGACGAAAGCGCCAAGGAUAGGUAGACCCCCAAAAUUAGGACGACCUCGCUCAAAAUCAAGUUCUGAGACCAAGUCCCUGGGGACCACUAAAGUUAAAGGAUCUUCAAAUAUUUCGUCGCGCUCUCGUUCAAAAAGUGGUGAAGUAGAACCGCCUCCUUCUCCCCAGUCUCCACCCAUUGCUAGUCCGGCUAACGGUAAUAAUUCAAAUAAUGCUUCUCCUGAUACACUCUUGUCUCUGACAAAGAAACACCUCUGCCCCAUUCUCCCUAUAACUCCUCCUAAACCUUCUCUGCUUAUACCUCCUGACACUGAUAAGUGAUAUCAUUCUUUUAUACAUGUACUUGUUCUUAUGUUGUAUGUUGUUGUAAUAUAAUGUAGUGUCUUUAUUAGUCAUCAUGAAGUUUUAAUUUUUUGUUUAAUGUUCAUAGCUACUUUUAAUUAGAUUAUAUCUGGUAUAUUGGUAUGCGUGAUUUGCAUCAGUAAUUUGAUACACAAGUUAAUUGUCAUUUUUAAAAAUUCUUUUGGCCAUUGUUUCUCACAU